GGAAACUAGUUUAGCACCGAACAAAUCAAAGAGUCCUUGGCCGCAGAUACUUUGCUUUGGAAAAUGCUACGUUGGAGAAGUCCGACUUUACUUCAUUCAUUUCUAUUCUUUAGUGCCAUGACAAUAUGUGAGGGUGCAUAUGCCAAAUAUGCCCAAAAGCUCCUGACAGACCUAAUGACCAACUACACAAGUGCUCUGAGGCCUGUGGAGGACACAAAUAACAUCCUGAAUGUGACUCUGCAGGUUACACUCUCACAAAUCAUCGACAUGGAUGAGCGAAAUCAAAUUUUGACUGCUUAUUUGUGGAUAAGGCUAGUCUGGUUUGAUGCGCACCUCAGAUGGAAUAAAGAUGAAUACGAUGGACUCGACACCAUCUGUAUUCCUGGUAGUUAUGUAUGGAGACCUGAUAUAGUCCUUUAUAACAGCGCAGACAACCAUUUUACCGGCCCGAUGGAUACCAACGUGGUGAUCCGGCACGACGGCCAGAUGAUGUGGGAUUCCCCUGCCAUCACAAAGAGCUCAUGCAAAGUGGAUGUGUCCUUUUUCCCCUUCGAUGGUCAGCAGUGCAGGUUCACUUACGGCUCCUGGACCUACAAUGGAAACCAGCUGGACAUCCUGAACGCCAUGGAGAGCGCCGACCUGGCUGACCUGGUGGAAAAUGUGGAGUGGGAAGUUCUCGGCAUGCCGGCAAAGAAGAAUAUUGUUCAAUAUGGAUGCUGUGCAGACCCAUACCCAGACGUGACUUACACGCUGCAGCUAAAGAGAAGAGCUUCCUUUUACGUUUUCAACCUUCUCAUACCGUGUGUGAUGAUCUCUUUUCUGGCUCCACUGGGUUUCUACCUGCCUGCUGAUUCUGGGGAAAAGGUUUCUUUGGGUGUCACUGUGAUGCUGGCACUCACCGUCUUCCAGCUGCUGGUUGCAGAAAUUAUGCCACCUUCUGAGAAUGUGCCACUAAUUGGAAAAUAUUACAUUGCAACGAUGACAAUGAUCACAACCUCCACUGCCCUGACCAUCUUUAUCAUGAACAUUCACCACUGCGGCCCAGAUGCCAAGCCCGUUCCCAAGUGGGCUAAGAAAGUCAUUCUGCAGUACAUGGCCCAGAUGUGUUUUGUCUAUGAAGUUGGGGAGAACUGCAUGUCGGCAGAGUCAGACAGACAGGAACCUGCACUUGUAAGCAACACCAGCUGCCCCAUGAACGGGCAGGUGUGUCCAGGAAGAGAGGACGACUGCAUCAUCAAAAGUGGUCAGGAAAUGGUUGGAUCUGUCAUCACAGAGGAGAGAGAAGAAAUGGAUCAAAUCCUAAGUCCACUAGGAUCAGUAAGGAGGAAUCCUACAAACAGCACUUGGAGGAAUGGCAUCUUCUUGGACUGUGGGGAGUCAGGGGAUCCGGUGAGAUGCAGAAAGGGAGGCGUGAGUGAUGUGGAGAGAAAAGAUGACGGGAUUUCCUGUAACACUCAUCCUAACGAUGGGCCACUGCUGCAUAACAUUGAAUACAUCGCCAACUGUUACAGAGAUCAGAGGGCCACACAGAAACGAACAGGGGAGUGGAAGAAAGUAGCCAAAGUUUUAGAUCGCUUUUUCAUGUGGAUGUUUUUUAUAAUGGUGUUUUUCAUGAGCCUCCUUAUCAUGGGCAAAGCUGUUUAAUCAGCACUACUUUUAUUUGAUUGUAAAAUUCUUUUGAAGCCUCGAUUCCAAACGGUAAAAUGAGAUCUUUAAGAAAGAUGUGUAGCAUAUUUAUAUUCGCAGCCCAUAAAAGGCUAAUUUUGUUAGCAAAUCAAGAACAAAAGGUGUAUACUAUAUUUGUUUUUAACUCGGGUAAAUUUUCUUCUUGUUCUUAAGUAAUGAAAUACCGAGCUCUUUUUAUAAAUUAUAUAGAGAAAUUUUUCUAUGUGACAUAAGAAAGUGGUGUCUGACAUUAUGGCAGUGUCUUCAAAAAGUAUUCAUACACCUUACAUUUUUAGAGUUUUUUUUUGUCAUAUACAACUGUCAUGUUUGGUGUUUAGAAGAGACUAAAAUGCAACAGGAUGGAGACAGAUGUAUGAUAAAAAUGAAUUUAAUUAUGAACAGAAAAACUUACAUUACAUGAGUCCUCUAUCUUAAGAAACAGAGGUGUCAGGGUGACAGGAGCAGGAAGUGUAAAUAUAACAGAAAUUGAAAUGAAGAACAAAGAAAACCAAUGAGCUUAUAUACAAUGGUGGAGAUGACAAAUCAAGGAGACCUAAUUAGAGGCAAACUGAGCUGAGAGAACGGGUAGACACAGGUGAACCAGGUGAUAGAUAUGACAUAGAGCAAACUGGCAGGUGAAACACACCUCAAACACACCUGAAUAAAAUGAAAGAGUCAUUAGCAGGCCUCUGCAGAGCUGAAUGGCAAACGGAUGAGUAAAUUGACCUAUUCGAUUCAGGUGUGUCAGAGUAGAGAUGCAUCUAUUAGAUGAUUGUAUUGCAUGGUUUUUCCCAGCUGUCACUGUCCCAUUAAUGUCCAUCAAUGAAUACAAGGUUCAUUGAUGGACAUUAAUGGAUAAAAAUGACUCAUGGAAAUAGAUAUCAGCACCAUGUUUAACUGAUUUUCCCUUUGUUUUU